AUGGUCUCCAAUAUUGUCUUUGACAGGCUUCAUAGACUGCUGCCUGUCCGUGGCAUCGGUGCUUCCCGAGGAUCCUUCGAAAGAUUUUGCGAGAAACUGUGCCAAUUCGACCUACCCUGGGGGCGCGCCCUGUUGUUCGCCACCGCUAACGGAGCAGUUGGUUUACUUCUGACAACACUGGUCCCCGGAAAGUGGGCGAUGCUGAACCCGGUGGUACACAUCACCUGGGAGGUAACUUUUCUCGGCCUAAUGGCAACCAAGCAAACGCCACGCUACAUUUGGUUUGCUACGCCAGUAGUACAAGCCUCUACGUGCGUGGACUGGGGUCUACGCCAAGUUUUGGCAGCUCCGAAACUCGUCAUGCCUCCCUGGGUUUUCCUGGCAUUGAUGCUGGUUGGUCGCCUUAUGCUCGACCUACACUUGCACACUAUGUUCCGCAAUCGCCCCGACUUUCAUUGGGCGCGUAAGGAGGUUCUUUUCAGCACCAGAAGUCUGCUCGCGUUCUUUGCGGGAAUAUUGCUGUUAGAACACCUGGGGGUCCCAGUCGCCACGUUCAUCAAGCCGAUCGCUGUAGUCCUUCUACAUUUGUUCGGUGUACUAGUGUUCCUUCUGCCGGCAUCCUAUGCCAUUGCAUUUGGAAAAAUCAAGACCAUUCGCCAUUAA